CUGUCAACUCCCUGUCAAUCAUAUCAACCUACAUCUUUUUCUGAUUUACUCUAGAGCAUAUCUCCUAACUCAAAUUUUCGAUCUUCUAGACCCUUGGCAUUAUGGGUUCCUCAGCCGUCGCUGAAUCGCUUCAAAGAAAGCAUCCUUUACAACGUAUGGCCAGCCCUUCCAGAGGGUUCUCAGCUCUGGUCCAUCUUCUGGGUCUCACUAGCUUUAUAUGGUCUUUCAAGUAUAUGCACGAUAACCCCAAUCACGCGAACGAAGCAUAUGGCUGGCAUUUUCAGUACCUCACCGUGCUAGGCCUCUCCCUGUCUCUUGUCACUAUGGCCUGUGGGCUUAUCGCAGAUGUGACACUAUCACCCCGCCUUUUUCUCGUCAAGAACCUCCUCUCGAUGUGCUGUACGCCAUUGGAGGUGCUGAUUAGUAUUUUAUACUGGGGUCUUCGCUUGAUUGACAAGCGUCUUGUCGUUCCUGACUGGGCUAUCAUUCCCUUGAAUGUUGACAUAAGCUUCCAUGCCGCCCCGUCAGUGAUCCUUCUAAUAGAUCUCCUACUUUUGUCACCGCCAUGGACCAUUACUAUUCUUCCCUCAUUGGGGUUAUCCAGCACUAUUGCGAUAGGGUAUUGGUUUUGGAUCGAAAGGUGCUUUUCAUACAACGGAAUAUAUCCUUAUCCGAUUUUUGAGGUGGCGGGUCUCGAAGGUCGUAUUGGGAUCUUUGCUAUUAGCGCAGUGGUAAUGGCGCUGAGCACUGGCACCCUGAAGUGGUUGUACGGACGUGUCAACGGCUUUGGAACGAGCAAGCCCCAGUCUCGCCCGGGUGCCAUCCAGCAGAACGGCCACUUCUAGCGCACUUGCUCAUUUACCAGAAUUGGGUGGCACAUGGUAGGGGUAGGAUUAGACACUAUUGUCUUGGAAAGAGGACGGUAUAGACUUGUAGUACAGCGUUGGUGAAGCUGUCUAGAGUAUGAGCUGUGAUUUGGCAUUAUCUCAUAGACAUAAUUAUAGAAUUUUUGGACCUG